AUGAAAGGUAUUCUAGAAAGUCCUAAAGGUACAAAAGAGCCCAAGCGUGAGAUUGUUGGCAUUGAAUCGCUCGCCUUUAAAAGGAAGGUUCAAGUUACCGGAUUGCCUGAAACCACCAGUGUCUUUAAUCUCUCUCAAUUUUUUAAUCAAUUCGGCAGGAUUGAAGUCAAAGAGGCUUUACCAGCCAGAGCUGUGGAAAACAAAGGCAUCACAGUAGCAAUUCACCAAAAUGGUUAG